AUAAAAAUAGAGGUAGGUACCUUUCUACACUUGGAGCAGCCGAGUGCCGAGUGCCCACAUUCAGAACCGGCAAACCAAUCGAAAUCCCAUUCUGACGGACGAGUGCCAGACGGCAGUUGUGUGUGGGACCUUGGCGUCCAACGCUCGGACCAGUUCCAGUGCCCGUGUUCCGAGCAGGGUUCGAGUGACCUUCCGCGUAGGGUGAAUUUUUCCCCCGUUUCGGGUCGAACGGGUUGAAGAAAAGUGUGUGUGUUUCGUGUGUGAGGUGCUUUCGGCUGGACGGCGAAAUAGUGCGCGCAGGGCGGAAAAGGGCGGAAAACAACUCGCGUGGAGCACGCGUUUUUUCGUCGACACCGUGCUGUGCUUGGUUUCCAUAACAAUCCACCAACCGACGAAAAACAAACCCACGAGCAGCGCGGCAUGAACCGUUCCCGUUCGGUUCCACCGGGUGGUUCCGGUGCGGGCGGCACCGGACCCGGAGGCGGCGGGCAGGCGCAACAAUCCGUUGCCAAAUUGGCAUUCGGUGGGCUGCUGGCGGGUGGCGCCGGCAAGGGUGCUGCCGCCGGUGGCCUAGCGACGGUCCUAAACACCCGCGGCGGAGCAAUGAUAAUGAAGAGUGUUAGCAUUUUCCUCGCCAGUGGCAGACGAGCCUCCGCGGUGCCCAGAGAUCGAACCGCGAAAUCGGGUGAACGGUCGCAGUCGUCGGAUCGGCGGGGACAGUCCGGGCAGCAGCAGCAGCAGCAACAAGGUGGACGGCGAGAUUCUCGUCGCAAUCGGAAGAUUCUGGCCAAGAUGGACGAGCUCAACGGGAAGCUCAAUCCGAAGAUGCUGGAGAUGUACAAGCGGAGGACACAUUUUUCCAAGAUCGAGGUGGAAGCCCUGUGCAAGAUCUUCCGCAAGCUGGUAACGAAUGCCUCGCUGAAUUCGAAAGCCCUCGCCGCCAACAAUGCCGGGGUGAUUGCCAAGGCCGGUUCUUCAACCGACGGCAUCGACCGAUCGGUGUUUCGCGAGUUGCUGCACAGCACCUUCGACAUCGUGACGGAGGAAACGCUGAUGGAGCGGAUUUUCUGCGCCUGGGAAAAGGGCUACGAAGGGUUGCCGAUCCGGCUCGAGGGCUGGAUCCUGGGGUUGUCGACUUUUUUGAAGGGAUCCCAGGCGGAGAAGACGGCCUUCUGCUUCCGGGUGUACGAUCUGAACAGCGAUGGGUACAUUACGAAGGACGAGAUGUUUGCGCUGCUGAGGAACUGCUUGAUCAAGCAGCCGCAGGACGAGGAUCCGGACGAGGGCGUGAAGGAUCUGGUGGAGAUUGCCCUGAGGAAGCUCGAUAUGGAUAAAGAUGGAAAGGUCUCCUUCCAGGACUACCAGGAAGCGAUUGCCGAGGAACCGUUACUAUUGGAAGCGUUCGGCCAGUGUUUACCCUCGGAUCGUUCAACCGUGUCGUUCCUGUCCACCCUGCAAGCUCAAGAAGAGUCAUCCUAAAAGUUGAACGAGUGGCUCAACAACUUCUUACAUCUGGUGUAUAAUCGACUUGGUAUCGCACAGUUCACAACAAGCCAUUGCUGGUGGCGAGGGCUCAUGAUUUGGUGGAAGUCAAUAAUAGCAGGCAUUUUGGGAAGGACACCUCAACGAACCAAUGAUGACCUCCGCUACCGGACGUGGUCAAGCAACUGCAGAAGUGCCCGCUCAUGGCUGAUUAUAUUUGUAGCACAAAAACCUGACAACUUGGACAAAGAAGCAUCGAACUACGGGGGACCUGUAUAAUAAUUUACAUAUUUUUGUGCGUUUUUAUCACGCUGGUUGGGUGGAAACACUAAACAUAAGUUUCAAAGUAAUUUGGUAUCUUUAAGCUAUGUAGUAAUGCAAAAUUGCUUCAAGUAAAAACUAGACCUGUGCGCCGGUCA